ACCCACGAUUUUCUACGAAGCCUAAAUUUAGCACCAUUACGUCUUGGAAAUUCACAUACUGAAUAUACGUUUGGAAAGUCCAACUCCUGAAAUAUACUGAGCGCAUACCGCAAAAACUUAUUCACGAUAUGGCCGAAAUCAACUUUACAGUGGACAACCCCAUGGCUUUGAUGGAGAGUAAUGACCUGAGCCGAAUGUUAAUGGAGGAAAGUACAGAAUUGUUAUCCAACCUGGAUCCUGGCGACAAUGAACUUGUGCAGCAUCUUAUUGCCACACAAACACAAGAUCAAUAUCUUUCACCCUCAUCAAUGAUGCCCCAACCUCAACUCCCCAAAUCACCGAAACAGACUCUAAACAGGACAGCCCCCAAUAAAACACAGGAUGGAAUCUAUGUAGAGAUCACAGAGCAACCAAAGCAGAGGGGGCUUCGAUUCAGAUACGAGUGUGAGGGGCGAUCAGCAGGCAGCAUUCCGGGGGAGAGCAGCACCUCGGAGAAAAAGACAUUUCCCACCAUCAAGAUUCACAACUACACUGGUACAGCUGUGAUAGUGGUGUCAUGUGUCACUAAGGACCAACCUUACGAACCCCACCCCCACAACCUGGUGGGGAGAGAUUGUAAACGGGGGGUGUGCACCUUAAAGGUUAAGGACACUAACGUCAUCAGUUUUCCACACCUGGGGAUUCAGUGUGCCAAAAAGAAGGACGUGGAAAGCAACUUAAAACAGAGAAAGGAAAUCAAUGUAGACCCCUUCCAGAGUGGCUUUAAACACAUGAACAAAAUCAACAGUAUAGAUCUGAAUGUCGUCCGUCUCUGUUUCCAAGUGUUCCUGCCAGACGAGAAUGGAAAAAUCACUCGCAUCGUCCCACCGGUUGUGUCUCAUGGCAUUCAUGAUAAAAAGUCUCUGAACGAAUUGGUCAUCUGCCGAGUGGACCGGUCAUCAGGGAAAGCUAAAGGGGGUGAUGAAGUCUUCCUGCUGUGUGAAAAAAUCAACAGAGAUGACAUAGUUGUGAGGUUUUUUGAGGAGAAUGAAUUUGGAGAAUGUCUCUGGGAAGAUUUCGCUGAUUUCAGCACAAACGACAUCCACAGACAGUAUGCUAUUGUAUUCCGAACGCCACCAUACAGAGACACCAUGAUUACACGACCAAAGGAAGUCAAGAUGCAGCUCAAACGCAACAAUGAACCAGAAACCAGCGAUGCCAUUCCCUUCAUUUACAUGCCUGAAGACCCUGAUCCAGACAGAAUCAUGGAGAAGAGAAAGAGGAAGGCUGACCAGCUGAAGAACUGGGGAUUUGAUCUCAAUGUGUCGGGAGAUGACAUCAAACAAAGAUUGAAACUGAAAGCUACCAAAUCCAGAAUCAAGCAGGAAGCUCCAGACCUUCCAACAUACUCCAUGGAUAAUAUUUUGGGUGGUGCUCAUCAAAUGACUCCAGUGUCUAAUGUCACAACAACAAAGGAUGGGACUUCCCUUAAUGUACGUACAGUCGAUAACACCACGAUGGGAAACGUCACCAUAACCCCCACAGAGAGUGUCCGCCAACAGCUGGCAAAUCUCCCCGACGAUGUUCAAAACAAACUGCUGCAGACUAUAGCGUAUCGCAAACUCCAGGAGGAAGCCAGCAGCAGAAUCAACCAGAAUACCACCAUGGACAACAAAGACGCAAACACCUUCAUUCAGACUUUAAUUGGUUCAGCCAUGUCUGUGCCACAGCCCUCCAACACAAGUCAAACUCCUGCUCAAAACAUCAUGUUGGGGGGAGGGCACGCCAUGCCUCAGAACUCCGGCAUGGAUCAUGAAAAUGUGGACUUGCUGUUUCAGACUUAUCUUGGUGACCAGGAUCAAAAUAUGUCCUUUGACAGCUUUGGUUCUAACUUGGGAAACCUGAACUUUGACCCUACGGUGGCCGCCAUGGUUAAUGUUUCAAGUGAGCAAGGUAUAGACGAGACUCGGGCAGCGAUUCAGUCCCUGAAUCAGUCCUGAGGGUUGCUCUUGGUGCUUGGCAUUGUUUAUGUUACUGUAUUGUUUUAAUGCGGGUAAUGAUUUCAUUUCUUCACAAGACGCAGAGUGUUUCCCCGUGCGAAAUUCUAAACUCAAUAUGAGAGCUGUGAAAAGACCCCAAGACAAAUGUGUGUACCCAUAAUACAUGCAUUCUCAGCAGGAUUUGAGCACGCAGUCAACUAGAAAAUUCUGUGGGCCUUAAAAUAGGUCAGAACCAACAAAGAUAAAGUAGAUUUAAUUCUAUGGGUAUUCAAGGUAUGCUUUGUCUUGGUUUAUGGAAGCAGAUAUAAACCAGGAAGUAGAACCACCCACUCAAUGUUUGAGGAAGUGAAACUUCACCUGGCGUAAUGAUGGGUCUUUGUUAUGUGUUUUAUAUUUAGAUUGUGAAACUGAAAGUGCGGGAAUUACCUAUGUCUUAAAUAGGAUGUGUGGGAGUAUUAUAUAUAUAGAUGUAUGAGAAUAAGAUUGAAAAAAUACCUAAUUCUAUUAUUAUAAGGCGGCUGAACAUGCCUGUAACAGUUUAGUCCUUUCAAAUGAAAUAAUUAUUCAUUUAAAAGAUAGUUUGCUUGAUACAAGAACUCUGAUAUUAACACCUGUGUACUGAGUCCUGUAUGUCUUCUGUGCAGCAAUAUAGCCAUUUAUCAUCCAGAAUUGGAUUGAACAGCCUAAAUGUUACAUGGCAUUGAAAUGCCUUCAUAUUCAACAAGUGUACAUAGAUUGACCAUAGAGACAUGUAAACAUCAUAAUAUGUAAAUGAUUUAUAGUGCUAUUCAAUAUUUAACAUGUGAGAUGGUUUGGUUGUCCAUAUAUCAUUUUGUCAGAAAAAAAAAACAUUUGUAAAUAGUUCUUAUGAUUUUUUAAGAUAACUACAGCUUAUGGAAAAUAAAAUAAUAAACAGCAAAA